CAGUCGGUACAAUCGUCGGCAUAUUCUGAUGUUAACUGACGUUAAUAAAAUAAGGGUGUAAAUAUAAAGUGAUGUGAUUAAAAGAAAAGAAAUUUUAAAAUAAUAAAUUUAGUUAUUUGUAGGAAAUAAUAUAGAUAUAUAUUAAAUAUAUGAUUAAUAUUUGAAAGUUGAAAAUUAAUCGAAAUUAAAAUGACUUUUUUACCUGAGUCACUUCUGUUUGCAGUCGCGCUUCUGGAUACUGGAGCUGUACUUUUUUUGCUGGUGUAUUUUGUAAUUGCAUUGUCUGAUCUUGAGUGUGAUUAUUUGAAUGCACGACAAUGUUGUUCGAGAUUAAAUAAGUGGAUAAUACCAAAGAUAUUUGCUCAUAGUUUUUUGGAUUUUUUGAUGUUGAUACACGGACAGUGGUUACUUGCACUAGUAAAUCUUCCAAUGACCAUGUGGCUGUGUUAUGAAUAUUUUACAAUACCCCGAGGUAACCUUGGUGUCUUUGAUCCUACUGAAAUACACAACAGAGGUCAACUAAAAAAACAUAAUCGAGACUGUAUGAUUUACCUUGGAUAUAAUCUUAUAUUCUUUUUCAUCUAUCUUUACUGCUUGAUAAUAGCGCUACUAAGAGGCGAUCCCCUAAACAGAAAAGAUGAUGAUGUCAUCAUCUAGAGUAGAAAAAUUAAUCAAGUGAAUUCUUUUUAUGAAUUUUUGAAAUUAUAAAUCACCUUGUCGUCGAAAUAACUAUACCACCAUAUUUGUAUUUCAUAUUUUUCGUCCGUGCAUCUUCAUAAACUAACAAAAAUUUAUAAUUAUUUAGCUAGUAAAUAAAUAUAAUUUAUUCGAAUAAUAACUAAAUGUCUACAAUUAUAAAAUUUGAGUUACUAAAAAUAUUUAUACUGAUAUUGAAUAAUA